UCUCUUUCUCAUCUUCAUACCCAUCUUCACCAUUUCCUAUCUAACUCAGAAACGUCAAGGAUAUCAAGGAUAGCUCUAGCUCCAAAAGGAAAUCCUUGAUAGUUCGUCAUGGAAGAUUCGGAAGACACUGCCGCUGCUAUGGCACAAGCUAUGGGCUUUUCGAGCUUUGGUGCCCAACAUAAUUCCAAUAAGCGGCGCAAAUUCAAUCCCCGCGCCGACGCUGUAGUGGCCUCAACUUCAACCUCCACCAUUCCUCUUCAUCACAAUGGUGCCGUCCAAGAGGUGUCUUCAGGUUCGAACGCGACGCCUUUGGGUGUGAGAACCCGUAAUCCAGACGAGGUCGAUCUCGGGGAUGAUGAAGAUGAAACCGACUUUUCCAAUAACGUAUCACGCAGCAGUCCCAAAAACGCAGAUGAUCCAGAACCGCAGUACUUGGAUACGUCGCGCCCACCCACGGUCGCUACGGACGAUCCGAAUGAUGAUAUCCAAUCUAAGAUCGAUACUAUACUUGGGGAGCCUUCAAUUCGUACUUUUCCCAUGUUCGGCACCGGCGAUGGAUCUCGUAGUCGAGGUGGUCAUACUGGUAACCAAGUACAUCGAAGUCAUGGGCAUGGGUCAGGAGAUAAGUGGUGGGAGGACUAUUACGACCCGAGCUCGAAUGUUAACCCAUGGGAUCGGCUCGAGCAGUCAAAGGGCUUGGAACCCAGAGGAAGUUGGAUGUCGUGGGAGGAAGCAAAGAGAUGAAUUCGUCUUGUCAUUUUCGAUCAAGUCGUCCAUCCGUCGUCCUUUGUCAACCGUCGUUGACACGAUAUGCUUCGGCUUUAUCAGAUAUAUGAAAGUUACAUUCAGGUUGCCCGAUACCCCUUAGGCAUCACCGCGUCACGUGACAGGAUGGAUGGAGAUACAUGAUGGGCCCUGCCUUGAUCUAUGACUCGCCGUCCCAUACGACAGAUCGAAGAAUGGCUGUACCCCUCUAGCCUUCAUUGGUCUAGAGAGGUACAUACGAUUAUGGUACACCGUGUCUAAGACACACGUACACACAUGCGAGAUACUGGGUCAAGUCACUGAACGGGGAAUCUCUUGUAUUACUCUGUCGAGAAGAAGUACAACGCCGGCCCAAUAAAACCCUCUAAGGAAACUCUUGGCCCAAAACAGGGCAGCCACCGUUCAUGCCGCCGCCAGACUUAUUACAAAAAGGGCAAUACCCAUAUCCCAAAAUGGAUAAGUGUCCUCCCAGCGCUAGGUUACGGAGGAGGAGUACGUGCUCUAUCUAGGAGUACAUCCUCAUUCUUACGCCCCCGAGUGUGUCCCUAAGAAACUCGAUCGAC